AUGGCUGAUUUUACUUGGAUUCAACUCCAUGAACCGGCGAUAGUUAGAAAAGCGUCAUGCUGCUCUGAAAACAACGAAGAGGUUGAAUGCAGUCCAAAAUUUUUAGAUGCGUUAUCAAAAAGUGAUCAAAAUAUAGGAAGAAUAUAUAAUGCUCUUCAGACGAAAACUCUAUUUAUAGUUCUACUUGCAGGUGGUGAUUUUGGUGAAUUAGCAAGGUUAAAGGCGAGCAAACAUAUACCAGAAGCAGAAAUUUGGAAAUACAUAAAUAAGAGACGUAAAUGUUAUGCGUUUUUUGCAUUAAAAAUGUAGAUACGAAAGCUGGCUUCAUUUCGUAUCGAAUUAACCUCGGGUGAUAGAAUUUAUAUACUCGUUAUGCAGCUGCAAUAACGAGAUUCAUAUGAAACAGUUAUGUUCAUUUUUGUAAUUAAUAUAACAUAAUUAUAUUAAGCUACAACAAUAAACAACGAAGUUUUAGUUACGUAUUAUCGUAAAAAAGUACUUAAAUAUACCAAGUAAGAAUAAUAAUAAUUAUUAACCCAUUGUGAAUGAAAGUAACAAACGCUCUGAGAACAUAGAUUAUGAAUACAAAAACAAUUGAUGUAAUAACCGCUAAUUACACGCUACGCAACGAUUAGUAAUUAAUACUCUCAUUACCUGUGUUAAAAGAGGUUAGACUUUGAAAACAAAUCUGUCUUUGGAUGUAUUUUUAAACAUAUUAGUAAUCAAUUCGCACAUAUUUCGAAUGGAUUUCCUUAAUCGGGUUAGGCAUAGCGGCUGCAAUGUCUUUAUAAUAUCGUACACACCUUUAAGAAAGUUUUUAAGGAAUGUUAUGGAAAAUAAUCG